AUGGGAAGUCCGGAGGGGAACGAGAGUGGAGUGGAGUGGAGUGGAGUGGAGUGGAGUGGAGUGGAGUGGAGUGGAGUGGAGUGGAGUGGACACUCACUUGAGGCCGCUCCUCUACUUUUCGUUGAUGUCCUUAAGAAUCUGAAGCGCUACUUUGCAGCACGUUUCUUCACACCAUCCUCCUCCUCUUUCACUGUGCUCCCCUCUGUGUUACCUACCCCUUUCGCUCCACCGUCCUCUUCCCCCUCCUCUCCCCCAUCCACUCCCCUCUCCUUACCACCCUCCGCUUCCCCCUCAUCUUCUCCCCGUUCCCCCUCCUCUUCCCCCUUCUCUUCCCCCUUCUCUUCCUUCCCCCUUCUCUUCCCCCUUCUCUUCCCCCUUCUCUUCCCCCUUCUCUUCCCCCUUCUCUUUCCCCUUCUCUUCCCCCUUCUCUUCCCCCUUCUCUUCCCCCUUCUCUUCCCCCUUCUCUUCCCCCUUCUCUUCCCCCUUCUCUACUCUCUGUCGCUUGGCCGAAGCACUCCCGUCAAGCCCCUCAACCAAAUCAGCUCCCCUUUUCCUCUCCUCCGCUGCCACUAG